UGAUAGCGACUAGCAACAGUAGCAACUUCAAUCGUUCAAUCUUCAAUCAAACCAACGAGGAAUGUCCGUGAAUGUCCAGCAAUAUUAUCGUAUAUGACGUGUAGCUUGCAGUUUUUAAGUUACAAGCGAAAUGGAAUAUUUUAAAAGUAGCUUGAAAUCCGUUUUAGGCUCUGCACCUACGGAGGACGAACCAUCAGGCGCCGACACGGUAGAACGACUGGUAGACAGGUUACAAUCGUCAACGUUAUUAAGCGAUAGACGAGAUGCCUGUAGAGCACUCAAAGCCCUUUCACGCACUUAUCGCGUCGAGGUAGGUGCCCGAGGAAUGGAUGCAUUGAGACAAGUUCUAGAGAUGGACAAAACUGAUUGUGAAAUCAUCGGUUUAGCUCUAGACACUCUCUGCAAUAUAACAAAUCCUAAAGCGUUCGAUGAAGAAGUGGAUAAGCAUGGGCCAGAUCAUAAAAUAGGAGAACAAUUCACAGAGAUAUUUAUUAAAAAUGCAGAUAAUGUGGGAUUAGUAUUAGCUCUUUUAGAGGAAUUUGAGUUCAAAGUCAGAUGGCCAGCAUUAAGGUUACUCAUGCAUUUGACAACUAAUAGACUGAAGGACAUACAAGAAAUAAUUUUAGUCAGCCCCAUGGGGGUCUCUAAAUUAAUGGAUCUCCUUGGUGACAGCAGAGAAGUUAUACGUAAUGAUGUUUUGCUACUACUCAUACAACUGACAAAGGCUAAUGCGAAUAUUCAAAAAAUUGUUGCAUUUGAGAAUGCGUUCGACCGUAUUUUCGAUGUUAUCGAGCAGGAAGGGAACGCAGAAGGUGGAAUCGUUGUGGAAGAUUGUUUGCUACUCAUGUUAAAUCUUCUACGUGGUAACGUAAGCAAUCAGAACUUUUUUAAAGAAGGUAGUUACAUACAAAAAUUGACGCCCAUGUUCCAAUUACCAUCUGAAAUCGACGAUAAUCCCUUGACUGCGUGGAGUCCACAGAAGGUGUCGAAUGUUCACUGUAUGGUCAAAGUGAUACGUGCGUUGGUAGCGCCGAGUGGAUCUGCUCAGUCAGUGGCCAAUUGUCAACAAAUCAUGAGAGCCUGCGGGCUCUUACAAGCUCUGUGCAACAUACUGAUGGCCAGCGGUGUACCCGCAGACGUGUUAACAGAGACCAUUAAUACAGUGGCUGAAGUUAUCCGAGGAAAUAUCAACAAUCAAGAAUUUCUGGCUGGAGUAAUGGCACCGAGCAGCCCUCCGAGGCCUGCGAUUGUUGUGUUACUCAUGUCUAUGGUAAACGAAAAGCAACCGUUCGCUUUACGAUGCUCCGUUCUUUAUUGCUUUCAAUGCUUUUUGUAUAAAAAUGAAGUGGGACAAAGUCAGCUGAUUCAGACUCUGUUGCCUCAAGGGAACGAAAUGCCUUCAUUGACAACAGGACAGUUGUUAUGUGGAGGUUUAUUUUCUUCGGAUUCUCUAUCGAACUGGUUUUCGGCUGUGGCCCUAUCUUAUGCAUUGAUCGACGAUAACGCACAGAAGGAACAAUUGUUGCGUGUACUCCUCGCAACGAAUAUUGGAAAACCACCAGUAACUUUAAUGCAACAAUGCGUCAUGUUACUACAACAAGGAAAUAAAGUGCAAUGCAAACUGGGUCUCCUGAUGCUGCUCUGUAGAUGGACCGCUCACUGCACAGCCGCUGUUAAAUCAUUUCUGCUCAUCGAUUCAUCGAUAGCUUAUUUAACUGCUUUGUUAUCGUCGCAGGAGAACAACGACGACUUGCAAGAAACCUUGUUACAAAGUAUGUGCGCUAUGCUCAUUGGGUUGUGCGUACAUUUUAACGAUAAUACCGUUUCGAAUUAUUCAAAGGAAAAGCUGUGUAAUUUAAUCGAGAAUAGAAUAGGUUUAGAAAGAUUCCAGGAUGCUAUCGGUGGAUUAGCGAAACACGAAGUGUAUUCUAGAACCUUGAAACAUCCUCAACCUUCGGCGAAGAAUACUUCAGAACUUCUAUUAGAUCAUGAAUUUUGCAGAUUAGCGAAAACGUUAGAGGGUGUGAUUAUCAAAUCGAUUCUAGAUGGAAGUAGUCGUCAAAGUCAGAUCGCGACGCCCAUAUUACCUGAAUCUGUCCUAGUAGCUCAAUAUAAAGAUGUUAUUCGAGAGCAAGACUCUCAAGUACAGAAACUUAAUCAGCUUACAGAAUCACUCCUCAAGGAAAAACACGAACUCGAAGCACAGGUAAAUGAUCUUCGGUUAACUGUUAGCCAUUUGAAGGAUCAGAAUUUAGUCUUACGAGCAGCGCAAACCAGUUUGCAAUCAGAGGAAAUCAUGACUAGUAACGCAACCAGUAGCGACGACUGCACGAAGGAAACUGAGAAAUAUAAAACUGUGAUCACAGAGUUAGAAAAUCGUUUAUCGGAGUAUGCGUCGAUGAUGAAAGAUUACGAGAGUAAUUUUAAUCGUAAAUUAAAGGAGAAGUCUGAGGAACUUGAAAAAUUGAAGAAAGAUCAAGAAGACCUUUUGGAGCUUUUAACAGAACAGGACAGUAAAAUAAUGCUUUACAGAGAAAAAUUAGUUGCGUUAGGUGAAAAAGUUGAAACGGAUGAAAGUUCUGUUGAACUUGAUACGGAUGAUCAACCGGAAUCUACAAACUCUAUCGAUCGUAACGAUUAGUUCGUGUCAUGUCUAAAAUCGAGUUUUAUUAUAGCAGUGUAAUGGCAAUGAAAA